AUGCCCCGGAAGCGGAAGUGUGCUCACCAGGCUGUCAGAGUCCGCGUCUGGCUGGGUGGUCGUGGAGUGUCGGGAAGUCGUUUUUCCUUUUCUGGCUCGAGAGCGCUUCCCCUCUGGUGGGUGGGAGUGCAGGACGGAGCUGCGAGAUGAGCACCAUGUUCGCGGAUACGCUACUCAUCGUGUUUAUCUCCGUGUGCACGGCUCUUCUCGCCGAGGGCAUAACCUGGGUCCUGGUUUAUAGGACAGACAAGUACAAGAGACUGAAGGCAGAAGUGGAAAAGCAGAGUAAAAAAUUGGAAAAGAAGAAGGAAACGAUAACAGAGUCAGCUGGCCGGCAACAAAAGAAGAAAAUAGAGAGGCAAGAAGAGAAACUGAAGAAUAACAACAGAGAUCUAUCAAUGGUUCGAAUGAAAUCCAUGUUUGCAAUUGGCUUUUGUUUUACUGCCCUAAUGGGAAUGUUCAAUUCCAUAUUUGAUGGAAGAGUUGUAGCAAAACUCCCUUUUACCCCCCUUUCCUACAUCCAAGGACUGUCUCAUCGAAACCUGCUGGGGGAUGACACAACGGACUGUUCCUUCAUCUUCCUCUAUAUUCUGUGUACUAUGUCAAUUCGACAGAACAUCCAGAAGAUUCUUGGCCUUGCCCCUUCACGAGCUGCCACCAAGCAGGCAGGUGGAUUUCUUGGCCCUCCACCUCCUUCUGGGAAGUUCUCUUGAAGUAAAGCAGAGCCCUUUAAUUCCUGUUUUUUUUUUAAAUAUACAAGGCAGACUGGCAUCUAUUUUAUAGCAAGAACCAUAGGCAGCCUUAGCACUUGGGCCACUUUCUAUUUUUGAGUUAUUUCUCAGCUUUUUGGAUAUCAUUAGAAUGGCAACCAACACAUAUGAUAGUGCUUUUGGUCACAGAUAAAUUGUCUUCAAUAAGUAGACUGAUUAGUUAAGUUCAGGUGUUGUUUAUGUAAUGAAAAACAAGUCGUAUCUUUCCUGUUUUGCUUACAUAAAUAUUUUCUGUGGGACUGACUCUCAAGGCUAAAUGUGUGUCACAUACAUGGAAGUUGGCUCUCUGUGAGUGAACAUCUAGAAAUCUAGAAGAAAAACUUAGUUUGUGUAACUAAACUUAGUUGGAACUGUUUGUUGUAUUUUUUUAAGCCAAAUAUAUCACUGAGAUCAAUAAAGCCAAAAUUUUAGCUACUUCA